UAUCGUUCGAAGUUUUACUGCUCUCCUUUCUUCUACUUCUUCUUAUUGUCUAAUUCUAAUGAAUCAAGAAGACGUUGACACAAUUACGCUGUCAAGAAAACCGUAGACUGUAUCUAAUCACAUCCACAGUGCAUGAAACAAUGAUCCAGUUAAACAAUAGAAGUGAUUCAUCCCAAUGAGCACAAAGGAGACACUGGACUACCGUCAUUUGACGUUUCAGGAAUGGACUAGAGACCUGAAAAAUGUUGCCGGAAGGUGAAACGAGUAUCGGUGAGAUGGUUGAGGGUACGGAUAAUCAGCCAACAGGCGAUGGUACACACUCGGGCCCUGGUGAACAGAGGGGUGGACACAAUGAGACAACCCAUGACAGUGGAGUGGACAUGUCUGUACCGGUUCAGGAUCCUUUGACAAUUCAUGGGUCUAUACAGGGAGAGAUGAGCGAUGUGGCGAGCAUUUACACUGCCAGUACCUCAGUAUCUGGCUAUGAGACUAGUUCCAGUCGUGUGAGUGCAGUGACAGUGGUUUUGCCCUGGGGAGCCCAGAAGGAGACAGUGAAACCUCAGCAGAUAGAAGACAUGGACCUCAGACCCGGUGAAUUUGUCAUGCGAACUCUUUUCGCUGACUUUGCUGGUCAGGCAGAGAGGAAGAUUGAAGCAGUGAUGACUGAGACUGAGAAACCACUCUCGAAAGUCCUCCAGAGGGGUGAAGAUGCCCAGUUCGACCAGUUAUUGUCAGCCUUUGGGACAGUGGCUGAGCACUGCCUCCCCUCGAUCCUUCGUUCACUCUUCAGAUGGUACGAGAGGCAGUUGGUGGACCAGGGGAGUGACCAGAAGAAGCCAGCCCCCGGUAAAGAUGAUCAGAAAGGCAAGAGUAUCAUGUACACAAUUGUCUCUUCAAACGUUGAGAUCCCAGAGAGGAGUGAAGCCGAUUUACUCCAAGAACGUCGUGACCUAGCUGUUGAAUUCAUCUUCUGCCUGAUGUUGAUUGAAGUUUUACGACAAUUGCCUUUUCAUCCUGGCCAUGAGGAUCUUGUCACAGACAUUGAAAACAUCGCAUUCAAGCACUUCAAGUACAGAGAGGGCAUUCAGAAUGAGCCUAAUGCUGCAAAUAUCCACAUAAUUGCUGAUCUCUUUGCUGAGGUAAUUGGAGUACUGGCUCAAUCGAGAUUCAUGGCUGUCAGAAAACGAUUCAUGGCGGAUUUGAAGGAUCUGAGGGCCAAGGAACCUGGCCCCCACACGACCCAGAGCAUAAUUUCCCUCCUCAUGGGUAUGAAAUUCUUCAGAGUGAAGAUGGUGCCAAUCGAGGAGUUUGAAGCAUCCUUCCAAUUUAUGCAGGAAUGUGCCCAGUAUUUCUUGGAAGUCAAAGAUAAAGACGUGAAGCAUGCACUCGCUGGACUGUUCGUAGAGAUAUUAGUACCUGUUGCAGCUGCAGUGAAAAACGAAGUGAAUGUUCCUUGUUUGAAGAACUUCGUUGAAAUGCUUUAUUCAAAUACUUUAGACAUGUGCACUAAAUCAAAACACAGAUUAGCUCUAUUUCCACUGGUUACAUGCCUCCUCUGCGUCAGCCAGAAGACAUUUUUCCUGGCAAAUUGGCAUUACUUCCUAGCGAUGUGUCUCUCUCACCUGAAGACUCGAGAUCCAAAGAUGAGUCGAGUCGCUCUGGAAGCAUUGUAUCGACUGCUAUGGGUCUACAUGAUCAGGAUUAAAUGCGAGAGUAACUCAGCGACUCAGAGUCGACUCCAGAGCAUCGUAAACUCUCUAUUUCCCAAGGGGUCCAAAGCAGUGAUGCCUAGAGACACUCCACUCAACAUUUUUGUCAAGAUUAUUCAAUUCAUAGCUCAAGAGAGACUGGAUUUCGCUAUGAGGGAAAUAGUAUUCGAUUUAUUAUCAGUUGGGAGACCAGUGAAGGUAAUCCUGACCCCAGAACGAAUGAGCAUCGGUCUGAGGGCAUUCUUAGUCGUGGCUGAUAGUCUCCAACAGAAAGAAGGAGAGCCCCCGAUGCCUAGGACCAUGGGGGUCCUCCCCAGUGGCAACACGAUGCGAGUUAAAAAGACUUUUCUCAAUAAAAUGCUAACAGAAGACACUGCGAGGAGCAUUGGCAUGUCCUCGUACUUCCCCCACGUUCGAAGGGUCUUUGUGGAUAUUCUCAGAGCUCUGGACGUCCAUUACGGUCGCCCCCUGAUGAUGACCAGCACCCAGAAUAUGAACAAAGAGCCUGACGAGAUGAUAACAGGAGAGAGAAAACCUAGAAUUGAUUUAUUCAGGACUUGCGUGGCUGCUGUGCCUAGACUGAUUCCCGAUGGGAUGACUGGAGCUGAACUUGUUGAUCUUCUUGGGCGAUUGACGGUUCACAUGGACGAGGAGUUACGAGGAUUGGCCUAUCAAAGUUUGCAGACACUGGUCCUGGAUUUCCCGGAUUGGAGACAAGAUGUUGUUUUAGGUUUCACUCAGUUCUUGGCUAGAGACGUGCAGGACACUUUCCCUCAGCUCGUUGACAAUGGGCUGAGGAUGCUGCUGCAGUUGUUGACGUCUUGGAAGAAUGCACUGACCAGUCCGAGUCCCAGGGCUAAGGAACAGAGUGAGAGUAACAGGAUUUAUCCGAGAGUUGAGGCUGCAGUGAAGAAGACAGAUCCAACGCAGAAGGUCGAGCAGGCCUCCAGUGUUUUCCAUUUCGUUGAGGGAUUUGCACUUGUGAUGCUCUGCAAUUGUCGGCUAUACCCUCGACGACUUGCUGUGCAUAUUCUGAGGGAAGUUAAGGUGCUGCUGAAGGCACUGGGGGGACUGGAGACUGAUCAGUCUGUUAUUGAUGUCAUUGAUGCCUGCUGUCCCACUGUUCUGGAAAAGUGCUAUCACAUGCUGCCACCUGCUGAAAAGGCAGCUGCUGCUUCCACCUCAAAUGUGGAUCUCCAGUGGAUUGCUGAGAGGAGCAGCUGUGUCUGGACUGCUGGCUUCCAUGAUGAAAACAGCACCAAGAGUUCUUCGUUGUUGAAUCUGAAUGGCGCUGAUCCUUGGAGCACUUGUCUCUUCGCAUUUUUGGAGAGGGACAGGGUCUUGACGUUGUGUCCAAAUGCAACUGCCCACUCGUGGCCCAUCGUCUUCACCAGGAUUAACUCGCUGUUUACUGUUGUUGAUCCGACGCCUGUGAAUGAUAACAGAGCUUCGUUAUUACGGAGUUCAACAGCCGUAAGGAAACCAGUGAAUGAACGAGAUGUGUACAUGCACAUCUGGAAGAAUUACUUGACCUUCGGGUAUCGCGUUGUCCCACCCAUCCCCAGUCCAAUAAUUCGCUGCGCCAGCCCAGACCUCAGCCUCAGCUCAUCCCCGGAUAGUCUCUCAGCAGAAAGGGGAGAUAACAAGUCCCCAGGAACGAAUGCGAGCCCUUCGGCACUCUACAAACUCACAGUGCCCUUGUUAAGGUGCGAGGCAGUCGAUGUGAGAGAUGCUGUCGUCCAGGCUAUUGGAAAAGUUAACCCAGAUGCUUUGAAAGAUUUGAUGGAGGAACUUGUCCCCUAUAUUCGCGAGGCGGUUGACCGAAAACAGGAGAACAUGCGACGCCGAAGGCGAAGGGAUGCUUUGAGACUUCAUCUUGUUCGUGUAUUAGAACUUGUUGCUGAGUAUGGAACUUUUGGAAUUUGCCCUGCGGUGCUAGACAGAGAGACUCAGUCCUUGCACCCCACAUUCGUUGAGUAUAUAGACGGUGCCAGGCUUUACCUAGAAAAUGAAACAGACAAAGAGGCACCGGCUGUACGUGACAUCAAGUUACACUUCUGCAACUUCAUCAGAAAGAUGAUUAAAAGUUUCUCACUUGAUACAUGUCACUCAUUGCUAAAACGUGACCUGCGGAGGAACUUGUUCACCCUCUUUGCUACAUGGGCCGGCCCCUAUGGGAAACCUUUAACCAACAGUUCGACAUCACUUGAUGAAGAAAAAACGUGCUCAGAGCUUCAACUAUCCGCCUUACAGGCGAUGAGUGGCUUACUUUGCUGUGGACCGUGUUUCAAUCCGCAGCUAUUGUCUGAAGAGGGGGCUAUUCUCUAUCAAUGGCUGGACCUACUUCUCUCAAGCAGAGAUGAAAAGAUUUAUCUACUGGCUCGCGAAACAAUGGUUUUAUUACUGGAGGGAAACCCCGACAUUGGAACCCUUCUCGAUUGGGUGGUGGAUCGUUGCUACACGGGUAUGCCGCAGGUUGCCGACGGCUGUUUUCUCGCCCUCGCUACGAUCUUCAGUGCCAGGGAAUAUCCAUGUGAUCAUUACACGAGUGUGAUAAACGUCAGUCUGAUGAACACGGGUUGUCCCCGUGCGCCAGUUCAGGACGCUGCAAUUCAACUUCUCCAGCUGUUGGAUCAGAGAUUCUUCGGAAAUGUGCGACCGUUGCCGGGGGCUGAACUCGACAGUGGACCCGAAGAAUUGACUUCUACGAUUGCAACGACGGCUGUAGGUGUCGGGAUGACGAAUGGGCCUGGGUCAAACCCAUCAGUCAAGGCAGGGACCCUUGAUGCCCUUCUCACAAAUGCUUAUUGCCGUAAUCAGAUGUAUCUUUCGAGACAGCUUGCUCAGCUUCAUCCAGAGCUCACAAUGCCCAUGUUCAGUGAGAUAACUCACAGAUUUCAAACAGCGAGACGUGAGGUCCGACAAUUGUUACUUCAGUAUCUACUACCAUGGCUUCAUAAUAUGGAGCUGGUAGAUCCUAACGUACCACCACCAGCCAAUCCAUCAAGUUACUAUCAGUAUUAUACCUCUGACGUUACACGUGGUGGAGCGAGACGAGAAGGCUGGGGCAGUGCAGAAGCUACGGAAAUGGUUCUCAACAAUCUCUUUUAUAUCACGGCAAAGUUUUCCGACGAGCAUCCAAAGGAGGUAGAGGAGCUGUGGGCAACUUUGUGCGGCUGCUGGCCUAACAAUCUCAAAGUAAUAAUCCGUUAUUUAAUAAUCGUAUCAGGGAUGGCGCCGCAAGAACUUCUCCCCUACGCCAAGCGAGUUGUUCUCUUUCUGGCUCGUUCCAGACCGGAGAGACUAGUAGAUGAAAUGAUGACGGAGCUCCAAACUGUGGAGACAUUAAACUGUUUAAUUGAAAGGACCGAAACUCCCCCAUUCUAUCGUCUCACAAGUAUGAGAAAGGCCUCGUCCCACAGUGAUGCGCCUGCAGCAGAUCCAGGAAAUCCUUCUCGAGAUCUUGCAGUCGAGAAGGGUACGAUCCACACAAAACGACACUCCGGGGAAGACCCAGUGAAGACUGGCUCCAAGUCAGACACUGCCCUGAGGGCCCUAGCAGGCUUCCAGACAACAAAACCCGAGAAAGCUAGGACCACCAGUGGUCCCCCAGUCCUCCCGGACGACCUCUCAACCCCCACCACCGAAGUUGAACUCACCGAGGAGAUUUAUUCGCGAAAUGUCGUCACAGUAUCCACAAAAAUCGGACCGAACGAGAAAUUCGAUAUUCCCCAGCCCCAUCCAUUACCAAUGCCCGAGUACGGAGGGUACUUUGCACCCCUGACAGAAUAUCUGCCCGAUGCAUCACAACCAAUUAGUGGUUUUCACCGUUGCAACAUUGCAGUUAUGCUCUUAACUGACAUCGUAGUCGAUGGAAUUCAAAUAGACUGGUCCAUCCAUGUGCCUUUGAUGCUACACAUCGUCUUCCUUGGACUCGACCACUCGCGUCCUUUGGUACGAGAUCACUGUCGUCUACUCUUAUUGAAUCUCCUUGUGGUCCUUGGUGAUCACCGAGACCACCUGGGUGUUGCUAGGGUACUCCUGGCAUCGCGAACUGAGCAAUUGGGUUUGGGCUUAACAACUCCAAACUUGCAUGUACUCGAGCACAACUUCACAGAAGUUGAUCCUGAGUUUGACAGCUAUUUAUACGGUCCACCUCCAGCAACGGCCACUCCCCCCAGAACCAACUCCCCUCCACCAGUUUUUUGUGUACCUGAGCCACCCUGUCCACCUCCCCCUCCGCCCCCUAUGCCACCACCACCGCCUCCUCCAUUACCGUCUGAGGAGUGUUGCAGUGUGAAGAAUCCAUCGCCUGUGCAAACUUCGUCAGAAUCCUCACCCUCUCACUCUCCUAUUCCUUCCAAUAGCCUCACUCCACCGAAUGUUGCGACAACAGAGAAUAAACAGCAGUUUGAUAGCACCCUGAGACCCUGGCAGACCCCUGCAGGGCCACCUGUUAUCGUCACACCUGAAGACACUGCUGUCUGGAAUGGACCACAGCCUGGGCCCAAUAUGGCUAUUCAGGACGUGAUUAAAUCGUUGAUCAACUUUUUGGCAUCGAGAACUGUUCAACCACUGUGGAACUACGAGGACAUGACUGCCAAGACCUGGUGGGUGCGGAGUGCUGAGCAGUUGACUGUAUUAUUGAGACACGUUUUAAGGGUCUUCAGAGACUCACUGCCUCAUGCCCAUGUUAGUCAACGAUGGGCAGAGACUGCGUUACAACUGGGGUUGUCUUGUUCGUCAAGACAUUAUGCUGGGAGAUCUCUCCAAGUUUUCAGAGCCCUCAGAGUUCCAAUCACAUCGAGAAUGCUGUCUGACAUUCUCUCAAGAUUAGUGGAAACAGUUGCUGAACAGGGGGAGGACAUGCAGGGUUACGUGACUGAACUUCUUUUAACCCUGGAAGCAGCAGUGGACUCCCUGGAGUCAGACUUCCGGCCUCUGGAUUUCAUGAAGGAAAUAUUCAAGUCAACGCCGAAUUUGAAUAACAAGGAUCCAGCCUCGGGGAUUGUCCUGGGGAAGAGGAACAUGGGAAUGGGUUAUCCAGCUGGUCCGCACAUGUUCAAUCACCUCAAUCAGGCUGGACACGCCAGGAGCACCAGCUACUCAGUGAGCUACUGCAUGAGAAAGUGUGCAGGAUCAACCAAUCCUGAUCCAAAAGAGGAUUCAAGAGUCUGCAAUAAGUAUCCCAUCUCAAACCUCUCAAGAUCUCGGUCUGCACAGUCCCUGAAGUUGCUGGGGGACUCGGCAACUCAAGACGACAAAAUGACUAUUUUGGCUCAAUUAUUUUGGCUGUCGGUGUCUCUACUGGAGUCCGACUACGAGCAUGAAUUUCUAUUGGCAUUGAGACUGCUCGGUCGAGUGCUCCAUCGAUUGCCACUGGAUCGUCCGGACGCUAGGGAUAAAGUGGAGAAAUUGCAACAGCAGUUGGGAUGGAACUCGUUCCCUGGGGUCCAUGCACUAUUACUGAAAGGCUGCACCAGCCCAAACACUUAUGAACCGGUUGUAACUCUAUUGUCCCAAUUUACUCCACUGCUGGAUCUCCCCUUCGUUGACCCCACACAGAGCCUCGCAUUCCCAAUGAAUGUGAUCUCUUUGUUACCGUACAUGUUAUUGAAUUAUGAGGAUGCUAAUGAGCUUUGUAUCAGAAGUGCUGAGAAUAUUGCGCAGGUGUCUGCGGAGAAGGGAAAAAAGUUGGAUCAUCUGGGGACUGUGAUGACGUUGUACAGUAGGAGGACAUUUAGUAAGGAGAGUUUCCAGUGGACGAAGUGCGUCGUCAAGUAUCUUUAUGACACUUACGCUCAUUUGAGCUUCAACAUGCUGGCGUUCCUGGUGGAGGUGCUCGAGAAGGGCCCUUCCAGCAUCGCCCUACCUGUCCUCAGUAUUAUUCAUUGUCUCCUGCAUUAUGUGGAUCUUGCGACGAGAGCUGCCCAGCCUAUUAAUACGGAACUGUUGAGAGUCAUUUCGAAAUACGUUGAGGGCCCAUACUGGAAGGAGGCGUUGAAGAUUCUCAAGCUAGUCGUGACUAGGUCAUCCACUCUCGUAGCUCCCCCAACGUCGGUCCAUGCACCAUCUUGGGAGCCUUCCAUGACCUCUCCCCAUCCCAGCUUCACUGACACGGAGAUAUUUACGAAGAAAGAACUCCCUGGAAGGACAAUGGACUUCACUUAUGACGUGACGAAAACACCGCUCAUUGGGAAGAGAUGGUUGAGAAGACAGAUUGAGGAUGAGAAGACAUCAGGCUCACCGAGACGUUCAUUAUCGCUCUCGCCAGCAGAUAGUAAUGCAAUUUCGGGAUGGAAGAGACCCUGGAUGUCUCAGGGACGAGUGAGGGAGUGUCUGGUGAAUCUUCUACGUCCAUUCGGUCAGCCAGUGGGUCUCCCCAAGAGUCCAUCCGUGAUAUUCAGCCAGAGUUCGGACCUCAUGGAGAGGCAAUCCUCAAUGGCCUCAUCAACCGAAGAAGUAUCAGGAGCAAAUAACGACCUGAGCGGUGGGUCCCGUCGCGAUGAGGAGCAGUUCGGAGUCUUCAAGGACUUCGACUUCCUCGAGUACGAGAGCGAGAGUGUAGAGGGCGAGAGCACCGACAACUUCAACUGGGGUGUGCGCAGACGUCCCCUCAGCGAGGGUGAGGAGCGAGAGCCCAGCGUCCGUCAAUUCGAGGAGAGUCUCUCUGAGAAGACCGCCUCAUCCAGCAAACACACAUCUCGUCGUGGUGGCGUAGCCGAAGAAUCCUCAGAUGACGAGGUGGGCUCAGAGUCUCCCCUGGACGAGGUUCCCUCUGGCUCUGGGGCAGGCCGGGAGCCCACGGUCCCCGGAAUUUUCCCACCCUCCUCGUUAUCCCUCAUCCCCAGUCGUUCUCGUCACGACUCUUCAACAAGAUCAGACACAUCUGGCUCGAGUGCGGGAGACCUUGGCGACCUAACCCCCUGCAAUGCCUCCCCGAAUUUAUCAGCGCUGAUGCCAUUCGGUCGUCAAGUCGUUCGUGACGAUGCCGAGGAAAUAUGGCGUCAGCAGAUUCAACACCUGAUUUCACAGGUUCCCUACAACAUCCUCGACUUUUUCCACCUUCUCAGCAAAAUCUUGAGGGACGUGUGCAGCAAGUCUGUGGGAUUGUCUCGAGAGGCUAGUGCGCUGUUGACGAAUGGUAGCACAGCUGCCUCGCAAUUAGCCUCUCAUUUGUCCACCCAUGCAGAAUUACUGAGUUCCAAAGCAGAGCCACCAUUAGUCUGGUUCUCCACUACUGUAUUCUCCCAUCAAAGACUGCACGAAACCCUGCGAUUUGGAAUGCUCGAGAUUCAGGAGCACUUGGAGACGUUUUUGGACAAGAAGGAUCAUGCGACUGAGUGUCUGGAGGCUGUGAAAGCUACGAACAAACUCCAGGUUCUAGGGGAGGUCCAGCCGGACUCUGUGCCUGAGGAUAUGCUCCUGGGACUGGGUCGAUCAUUCUACAAACUUCAUUUUCAACUGUUGCUGCUCAUCGAGGCUGCCAAUAAGAUGCUUUUUGCUCUGACAAAAGCCUCGAAGAAUAUAUCUGUUCAGCUGUAUGACAUGUCCCCUGAAAUUGUAAUGAUGAAGACUGCGUUGUGUAGAGCACUGGAGGAGAGUACUGAGAGUGAACGAGGCACACCCACUCCAACGCCGUCCCCAAGUCCAUUACCUGUUGCUGGAUCCAUUGAGGAGGUGAUUAGAGUGGCCGAGUUGUUGAGAUCUGCUCGUUGGUCUGCAGCACUUGAAGCAGUCAGACUUCAUCGAGCCCAGUGGCCAGGGGAUCCCUUUCACGACGAUGACGACGUCACAACAGCUGUCAAUAUGUACUGCAAGUAUCUUGGACAAGAUCGCUCUGAUCUGUUUGUAGUGACUAAAGGGGACACCGAGACGAUGGAGAUUUUUGACAGGCUCAUGGAGAGCCUCUUUCAAGUAUUGUCAGCAGUCACUGGACUCGAGGCUGCAGUUAAAGCUGUACGAGCGCAAGCCACAAGCUCAAAAGCUGAUUGUUAGAUUAUUUGUGAUGAUCGAUCAUGUUUUUUUAUCAUUGUUUAUAGGUACUGAGGACCAUUCAAAUAUCACGUCACGAGAUUAGGGGCAAGGGGAUCGAUUGCUUAGAUUGUGCACGCAUGAAAAAAUGUAAUAGAAAACCUAGCGAAUUCGCUA